CCGUGCUUUAGUGAAGUAGUGCAAUUCAAGGUGUCUCCGAUAAAUCUGACAAUGUUUUAGCAUUGCUGACACCAACGCAUUAAAGUGUUCUUAACAAAGUGAUUUGGCCAUUUUCUUGUGUGCCGAGUUUGUGUAUUGGAUAAACCCAAAGGAUUAGCAGCAUGGCGGCGCGCUGUCAACUCUUUUGGCUGGCGGCCGUGGCGUUAAUUAGCGUGUCACUGGCGCGUUAUGAGGAUUGUGAGAAUGCGCCCGUGGUGGAGCAUUCCUCCAUACAGAUUAUCGAUGAAGAGGAUACAGUGCGAGUUAUUUACACAUGCGAAGAGGGCUACGAGUUGCGGGGCACCACAGAGUUGGUAUGCGAUUUGGAUACAGAUCUCUGGGAUGCCGAUCCGCCGAUAUGCGCAAAAGCUGAGACUUCGAAGGAGUUGGACAGCGCUGCAAAUACCGAGCGCGCUAGAAAAAAGAAACCUCAGGAUAUAGUGGAAGAUCGACACGUGUCCGCAGAGAUGGCUGCCUCACUGGAUAUGUCUUGCGUGCAGGCUAAAGUUAAAGCACCCGAAAUACGGCAUGGCUUUGUACAGAAGUACGAUCGGCGGCGCAAGUACGACCAUGUUUUUUUGGUGGCCUUCUAUGCUUGCAAUGACAACUUCGAACUGGAGGAUGCUGAAAUAGCCACAUUGUACUGCAGUCAACGCAGAUGGGUUGGAGAACUACCAACCUGCAUGGCACUGGGCGAGUAUACCGACGUGGACGAGGAAGAAUACGACGAAUAUGAAACCGUUGAGGGCGAGGGAGAUGAAGAUGAUGGAGAGGGCGAGCAAGAAGUAGUCGAGGAAUCCGUUAAUAAUCGCGUAGCACCACCGCCACCACCCCCCCCAGUACAAGUCGCCCCGGCCGAGCAUGAAAUCAGCAAUGAAAUUGAACCAUCCGUGGCGCAAGAAAACAUCGAGUCUUCGUAUAACGUUGAACCGGAGAGUGUAACGCCCGCUUCUGAACCCGUGCCUGUUACCGAUGUCAAUAUUGUCAUCGCACCCACGCAAGAUCCAUAUACGCCACGUCUGCUUGACGAGGACUGUGGUGCGGACAAAGGCGGCUGCGAGCAGAAAUGCGAGCGCUUGCUUUUCCCAGGCGAAAAUGAGCCACGCCUCAAAUGCUCUUGCUUUGAAGGCUUCAGCUUAGAUCCCAACGAUUAUGCAAGCUGUCAUGACAUCAACGAAUGCCAGAUGAACAAUGGCGGCUGCGAGCAGAUCUGCAACAACUUGCCGGGCUCUUACCAGUGCGCCUGUGAGCAGGGUUUGCAAAUCGAUACGCUGACGGGAAACACUUGCAUCGACAUCAACGAAUGCGCCCAACCUGAAGUGGUCGCCCAGUGCGCUGGUGGCUGCGAGAAUACGCCAGGUUCUUACCACUGCAUACCAGCAUUGAACCCACCCGAUGAUGAUGAUGAUGCAGCCGAAGCAGUCAAAGAAGAUGCUUCAGUAGGCACACCAGUUGAAGAUGUAGAACCAAUAGUGGAGACCGAGGAGGAAGAUGAUCAAUCCAUACGGCGCAUUGCUGAAAGUGGACCCAUCUGCCCAGAUGGCUAUCGCUCUGGCGGCGACAACUCUGACAAAUGCGUUGAUAUCGACGAAUGCGCCGAGGGCACCAGUGGCUGUGAACAAUGCAUUAACACCGAUGGCUCCUUCGAGUGCACUUGCCCUGGCGGCUACGAUCUUGCCGAAGAUGAGCGCUCAUGUGUCGACAUAAACGAGUGUGAGGUCGUUGUCGAGAAUGAGAAUGACGCCGAUGCUGUGCCCUAUAAGAUUUGCUCAGAUGGUUGUGAGAAUACAAUUGGCUCGUUUAUUUGCACGUGCGCGCCUAAUCAACAUCUACUCGAAGAUCAACGCACAUGCGCUGUUGACACUUGUCAGGAUUUGAAUAAACCACAGCUGAAUAAGACGCGUUGCGCUUAUCAGUGCGUCGAUUUGCCGAGUGGCGUAUACGAAUGCGUUUGUCCAGAGGGCUACAGGUUGAGUGAUGAUUUGCACAAUUGUGAGGUGGCUGAAACCAUUUGCGCCAAGGAAGGCGGUUAUGAAAAUUGUGCUCCUGGUACUUGUGUUUCAAGUGAGGAUAAUAAUUCUUAUGUCUGUGAAUGCCCGCCCGGUUAUGAGAAUGAAAGAAACCACUGCAAGGAUGUCGAUGAAUGUGUUGUUGGCCUACACGCGUGUUCACACGAAUGCUUCAACAAUUUGGGUUCAUAUCAGUGUAGCUGUCCAAAUGGUUUUCGUUUUGUUGAGAGCAGCGAGCAUGUCUGUGAAGAUAUCGAUGAAUGUGCAAUAAAUCCGAAUUUAUGUGGCACACUAAACUGUGUCAACAAUCCAGGUAGCUUUACUUGUCUAUGUGCAGAUGGCUCAGUGCCAGACGCUGAAAGUGGCGCUUGUCAUGUGACGGAUCCUUGCGAGGCACAUCAGUGCUCGCACCAAUGUAUUACUGAAGGAGUUGGCUUCAAAUGCAUUUGCCCGGAGGGCAUGUCUCUGGAUGACGACGGUCUGCAUUGCUCCUAUAAGGAUAUUUGUGCUGAAAACAACAAUGGUUGUGAACAUGUUUGCAAAUCGGAAGAGGAUGGCGCUUGUGCGUGUCGCAGCGGAUACGAAUUAUCUGCGAAUGGAAAGUCGUGCGUAGACGUUAACGAGUGUGAGAUCGGCAAUGGUGGCUGUCAUCAGGUUUGCCAAAACUAUGCAGGUGGGUACGAUUGCGCCUGCGAACCGGGAUUCGAAUUCCUUGAUGGUCCGCUUAAGAGCUAUUGCUUCGACGUUGACGAAUGCGCUUUGGGGCUGCAUAAUUGCGGGAAGGCCAUGUUGUGCGAGAAUCUAAAUGGAUCUUUCACGUGCAUCUGCCCACCGGGCUUUGCAUUGGGCUUACCACCAGUGUACGCUUCGCUACGCGCUUUACUUUCAUCAUUUCAUCCUACUGCUACGAAAUCAUUUACCACCUCAUCAAUCAUACCUGCACCAACUACUUCUAUCAUACAGAAUUCACCCUCAUGCUUAGACAUCGACGAGUGCUCCAUUUUUAAUGGAAACUGUUCGCAUUUCUGCUUGAAUUUCCCUGGCAGCUUUCAGUGUUCCUGCCCGCCAGGCUAUGCGCUUAAUGUUGCCGACAAUCGCACCUGUUUGCUGGUAAACGCUUGCUUGCAGAGCAAUGGCGGCUGUUCGCAUGACUGUAAGUUUGUGGCAGGUGUAGGUGCGCGCUGUCACUGCCCUUCAGGUUACCAACUGGCUGAAGAUGCGCGCACCUGUGCUGACACCGAUGAAUGCGCAACCGCUAAUGGGGGUUGCGGCCAACUCUGCCACAAUACGCUGGGCAGCUUUGAGUGUACUUGCAGCGCGGGUUACAAAAGGUCGGAAAAUGGGUUCGACUGCGCCGAUAUUGACGAAUGUGCAAAUGGGUUUGGUAAUUGUACUUUCAUCUGCGUAAAUCUUCUAGGUUCUUACGAGUGUGGCUGCGAAGGAGGAUUCGAGUUGGGCGAGGAUCGGCGCACCUGUAUUGACAUAGACGAGUGCGCGCUGCGAAGACAUGACUGUUCGCACGAUUGCGUAAAUGUGGAUGGUGGGUAUGAGUGUAUAUGCCCCGGAGGGUAUUUGUUAGGUGAGAACAAGGCGACCUGCUUGGACGUGGAUGAAUGCAUAGGCGGUGAACAUGGCUGUAGCCAUGGCUGUGCCAAUAAUUUAGGCAGCUAUGAGUGUAACUGCCCUGAGGGUUACACGCUUGCAGCAGAUAACAGAAACUGCAUUGCAGUAACGAGUGAAGUCGAGAUAGAAAGAAAUGAGCUCGAAGUGGAAACAGCUUUGGUUGAUGUGUGCCUACGAGAAAAUGGCGGCUGCUCACAUAUUUGCAAUCCGGAAACCGGUUGUUCUUGUCCAGAUGGGUACGAGCUGUCGGUGGACGGGAAAACCUGUGCGGAUAUCAACGAAUGUGCCUACAAUAAUGGCGGCUGUGCACGUACAUGUCUUAACACGGCAGGAGGUUUCGAGUGCGUUUGCGCCGAUGGCGUAACACUUGACAAUGGCCAUAGUUGUGCGACAUCUUGCCCACCAGGAUUUAUGGUGAGUUUGGAAGAUUCCUUAAAGUGUGUGGAUAUCGACGAAUGUGCCACGCAAUCCCCCUGUGAGUAUAACUGCAUAAAUACCAACGGUUCGUAUGAGUGCAUUUGUCCUAAAGGCUACAAGUUGAGCAACGGACGCAACUGUGAAGAUAUAAAUGAGUGCUUGAACGACAAUGGUGGCUGUGUAGGCGGUGAGUGUGUCAACCACGUGGGAAGCUAUCAGUGCAAGUGCCUGUUGGGACACCGAUUGGCCAACGACCGACGCACAUGCGAACAUAAGCCCGAGCUGCGCGAUCAAUGCCCACCAUUCGCGGCAGUCGCUAACGGCGACUUCCACUGCACGAAAUAUCGCCACAAGAAGAAGCAUUUCUAUAACACACGUUGCAAAGUGUGGUGCAAUGAGGGUUAUCGCUUAGAGGGACCGACACAACGAUUUUGUAAUGCCUCCGGCAGAUGGGAUGACUUCGAAAGUCGUUGCUUGCCUACCGUAUGCCCACGCUUGCAGCCGCCACUCAAUGGUGUGAUUAUGCCCGCUGUUUGCACUACCGGCAAAGUGUUUAUGGGCGAACGCUGUCGGCUGCAAUGUCUGCCUGGCUUUGUGCCCCUCGGCAAGAGCGUAGGCGUUUGCACGGCAGACCUCAGCUGGUCUCACAAUGCAAGCUUCGAAUGCGUGCCGGCGGCGAGAACACAAUUGUUGCCAGCCAUACCGAUACCCAGACCACAGUCUUCACUACCGAGCGGUAGUGUCAGUAGAUUCCCUAAUAGGCCUAGAAUAACACAAGUGAGACCACAAAUUGGUUUUGGUGGCGCUGUCGAUGGGCGACGUCCCUUUAUUAAGUGUCCGCGCAACACUACCGUGUUUUUAGCAAAAGGAGCCAGCACUGCGCAUAUCAUUUUACAAAAACCUAUUACAAAUAUGGACUACCGUUACAUUGAGUCUCAUCCCACUUGGACGCGCAAUAUGGAAGCUCAUUUGGGCGCUGGUCGCCAUGUGGUGACAUUCCGUGGCCAGGAUCCGGUUUCGGGCAGGCGCGCUAGAUGCCAGACAAUCAUUUAUGUGGAAAAUGCCAACCCACCGAAUGUAAAUUUCUGUACGCGCUCGUUUGAGGUAACUUUAAGUCCAAAUCAGGUCUACCGUUCGGUAGUAUGGGAAGAACCGCGCUUCGAAAGCACACUGGGCCCCAUUAAAAAACUUUACAAAUCGAGGAUACCCGGCGAGCUCUUUAAUGCCGGCGUGCAUACGGUUUACUAUGAAGCGACCAAUGAGCAGGGCAUUACGGCACGCUGCGAAUUCCAAGUUAUAGUUAAAGAAGCCAAACACUCGUCCGUAAAGCCUUCGCACACACUUGACUUGAGCCACCAAGCACCACCUAAGCCUAGUCUGCAACCAGCUCCUUUAAUGCGUCUGCCGACUUCAAGGGAAAUGAGAGCUAAGCUACUGGCGGGCCAUGAGUCCUUUGUGAUUUGUCCGGGUCAAGCCCCAGUUAAAGUAACGAACUCGAAAUCUGUGACUUUACCAGUUGGAUGCAUUUUAAAAAAUGUGCGAGAUAAGUCGUUGCGUCAUCACGCACAGCGACGUUUGAUCACCACAAACUGGUCGCAAUUCACUGCCUUUUAAACGAAAAUAUUACCAAAGUUGGAACUUUUUACAAUAUAUUCUUAGUAAAGCCAGAAAUGUGUAUUUGAAACAUUUGUAUAUCUUAAUCUGAUAUUUGUACUUGUAAUCUGAUAAUUUUUAUGUAAUAAAAUGUAAUAGGAAUUCUCGAAUG